AUGUCUGUGAUCGACUUCUGUCCUGGUGGUUCUGUCCCGUUGGAACUGUCCUGGUGGAUCUGUCCUGGUGGUUCUGUCCCGGUGGUUCUGUCCUGGUGGUUCUGUCCUGGUGGUUCUGUCCCGGUGGUUCUGUCCUGGUGGUGCUGUCCCGGUGGAUCUGUCCUGGUGGUUCUGUCCUGGUGGUUCUGUCCCGGUGGUUCUGUCCCGGUGGUUCUGUCCUGGUGGAUCUGUCCUGGUGGUUCUGUCCUGGUGGUUCUGUCCUGGUGGUUUUGUUCUAGUUCUGUCCUGGUGGAUCUGUCCCGGUGGUUCUGUCCCGUUGGUUCUGUCCUGGUGGUUCUGUCCCGGUGGACCUGUCCUGGUAGUUCUGUCCUGGUGGUUCUGUACCGGUGGAUCUGUCCCGGUGGUUCUGUCCCGGUGGAUCUGUCCCGGUGGAUCUGUCCUGGUGGUUCUGUCCUGUGGUUCUGUCCUGGUGGAUCUGUCCCGUUGGUUCUGUCCCGGUGGUUCUGUCCCGUUGGUUCUGUCCUGGUGGUUCUGUCCCGGUGGUUCUGUCCUGGUGGUUCUGUCCCGUUGGUUUUGUCCUGGUGGUUCUGUCCCGGUGGUUCUGUCCUGGUGGUUCUGUCCCGGUGGACCUGUCCUGGUAGUUCUGUCCUGGUGGUUCUGUCCCGGUGGAUCUGUCCCGGUGGUUCUGUCCUGGUGGAGCUAUCCCGGUGGAUCUGUCCCGGUGGAUCUGUCCUGGUGGUUCUGUCCCGGUGGAUCUAUCCUGGUGGUUCUGUCCUGUGGUUCUGUCCUGGUGGAUCUGUCCCGUUGGUUCUGUCCCGGUGGUUCUGUCCCGUUGGUUCUGUCCUGGUGGUUCUGUCCCGUUGGUUCUGUCCUGGUGGUUCUGUCCCGGUGGUUCUGUCCUGGUGGUUCUGUCCCGGUGGAUCUAUCCUGGUGGUUCUGUCCUGGUGGAUCUGGCCUGGUGGAUCUAUCCCGGUGGUUCUGUCCCGGUGGUUCUGUCCUGGUGGAUCUGUCCCGGUGGUUCUGUCCCGGAGGAACUGUCCUGGUGGUUCUGUCCUGGUGGAUCUGGCCUGGUGGUUCUGUCCUGGUGGUUCUGUCCCUGAGGAUCUGUCCCGGUGGUUCUGUCCCGGUGGUUCUGUCCCGGUGGUUCUGUCCCGGAGGAACUGUCCUGGUGGUUCUGUCCUGGUGGUUCUGUCCUGGUGGAUCUGGCCUGAUGGUUCUGUCCUGGUGGUUCUGUCCUGGAGGAUCUGUCCCGGUGGUUCUGUCCUGGUGGUUCUGUCCUGGUGGUUCUGUCCCGGUGGUUCUGUCCUUGUGGUUCUGUCCCGGUGGUUCUGUCCUGGUGGUACAUUCCCGGUGGACCUGUCCUGGUAG